AGAGUGGGACAGGGAGGGGGUGAUGCUACUGUAGUCGAACGGUGGGACGGACGUGCAGUUCAGUUUUUGGGCACGCAUACGGUGCUGCAGGGAUUUUUAGGUGUACCUCUUCAGGCUCUUGGAUACCUUUUUUUCGUAACAUGUGUGCGUGUUCUUUAGAUCCUCAGAUGGCUCUAGCACUUUCGUGACCACGGGCUGAGAGUCUUUCUCUAGAUUUUAGAAUUUAGCAACUGACAUACGGAUUAAUGUGAAGACAACAACAACAACAUCUAUCUUUUUGGGAACAGUUUCUGGUUGGCCUAUACUUCCCGAGAUACUCCCAACGUUGUCCGGACACAUGCCGCACCAGCCCGUGAGGCUAGCUAUAUGCACCCACACCUCGGCCGUGAUACACACUAAUACCAUGGCGAGCCAGCUACAGUACCGCAAGACAGUUAUUAGCCAGUCGUCACUGCACGCCAGACCCGGUGCAAUGCAUGCUGCCCAUAUGGUGCAUUUGCGCCCUUUGAACCGCAGCAUACCGUUCUACAUGCUCUUCUUGAGUGACACACCAAGUCGGCGUGACGAGGAUGACGGCGAUGCUGCGAGCGGCAUAGAUCUUAGGAGUGCUGCACAGGCGGAGGCGGAAGUGACGGGGUUAGGGAUGCUUCAAGCGGCGUGGGAGCGUGAGGAGCUGCUGCGCGUGCGUCCUGUGGACCGUGCUCCGGUGAUGCGUCUGUCGCGGACGAUCGACUCCGUUGAUGACUGCGACGCGUAUCACUAAACCGCGGGGCAGCGGUAGGAGGAGGAGGAGGUCCUUGGCCUUCGUGCUGUGUGUUCACCGAAACUCUGGCGAGGGGAGCGGCCCUCGCCGGAGGACUCGUGUUACCAUGAACACCCGGCAACUGAACCGGACCAGCCUUCUCAUGAGUACGUUGACCUCCAUCGUUCUCCAUGAUUGUUUAGCAGCGGUUGUGAGUGUAAUGUGGUGGUAGCCUUGCGGUGGGGGUGGAGGCGGAAGGUCUGAUGUAGGUUGUGCCGAGCGGGACCAAGUCUGCUGCCGAAAAGAGCCGAAAAGGGGGCUCCGCCGUAGUAAAAUAUUGCGUUCCUGGAAGUUUCUUCAUGAUCAAGACCACAAAAUUUCACUCGUAUCUUCGCAAGCUGUUUUCGAAAUCAAAUUUUGAUCUCAUCUCGAACUUCCUGGCAACUUCGAAGAUGAACUCCCAACACCAGUCCGCAAACACCCUAUUGGCGAUGCUCACACACCUAUUCGCUGUCAAUUUUGGUUCAUCCCAUCGGGAAACCAAACUGCAUUUAGGUCCAUUGCGUGCUUCCAGAAUUUCGAAUACAGGCUGUUUCUUCCUUUUUUCUGCUGCAAUGUUCAACGCGCAACGGCGCCGUCACACGGCCAGCCAGCGCUCCAUUGACUGCAGCAGAGGUGCGUGAGUGGCUUGUUAGGGUUCUGUGAUCACGGUUGUGUCGAAUAUCACCACACGCAUGAGUAUCACAGAUAUUGGUGAACGGUCGUGAGAUGUACCUCAGAAAACUUUCACUUGACGUCUCAUACUCUACAUGAAUAUUAAACCAAUACGAAGUACAACAACAUAUGUUGGACUUAUUUCUACUGUCAUUUACAUCGUAAAAGUAUCUCCUCUUCAACUUACCAAUGACAAUCCUGAUGGUAUCCUAUAUGCGUUCGUAAGCUUGCUAAAAUACUACUGCGUUGAUGUCCGCUUGUAAAAGCUGAAAUCCAACAAAUGCUUUGAUCCAUGCUACAUCUCCGUGUUGGAAAAGCCCUUUCAUCUCCGUUCAUGAUAACAUCUUACCCUAUUCUACGCAAAUCUGUCACAUCUACUCUCAAACAAGACGCCAACUUCAAACGAAAACGCGUUCUACGAUGCGUCUACACUCCAUCCCCAUAUCAUUGGCGUUGACUGGUCCGAGGUCGAUCUUGUUCGCCUGUUUUCGGCGUCUUGACGCCCGCGCAAUGCGAGCUUGUACCUCUGCACUCGCCGAGAUAUGGCCACCUGUGUAGCCACCGAAACGAUCUGAAGAAGUCGUUCCUUGAAGACUCCUUUCAGAGCCAUCGUUCCUCCGUCCCUUCCUCCCACGGCAUGUGUCGCAAGUUCAUCGAUGAACUCGUAACCCUCCUCUCCAAGGCGGCCAAAGCUUUCCACGGCUAAGGUGGUCCAAGCAUUUGGCGCCAAGCAUUUGUUGGCGAUAUGAGAGGGGGCCGUAGUGUGAAUCACGGGGGGGAGGGGCAAGCUAUUCGCGUAAAGGUCUUCCUCGCAACAGUCCGCACGAAAAUAAAGAAACUACUCUGCGGGGAAGUUAGGGACGGUGUGUCGGCGGAGGCUGCUUCCGACCUGGUCAACUUUGCGGCCAGCUUUGUGCAAACAUUGGACGGAGAGCAAAUCGACCCCAUCCUACCGGUAAGCGCCGACCUGAAGCGGGUGGGGGGGUACCUGACCCGGCUGUUGUGUCGAACGAGGUCUAGACUACACUCCAACUUUUCUCUUCUCAGUGGACAACUUUAACUACUGAGAGCUUCGUCGAGUAAAUACUACCGGAUGUAUGGAAAAGAGGGUUUCGUCCUCGACAGACGUUGGGGAGUGUCAACCUUUAUGAAGGUGGUCUCCACAUUAUUACCCCCCGCUCUUUCGAGGCUUCUUCUUGUUUGCUAGGCAAGAGAAGUAUUCUUGGGGUAACCGGAACCCGACCGGCUGGCGGCGAGUAGAACCACCUUUUUUUCCAACAAUCUUCUGUGCGUGUGUGCGGGUGCGCCACUUCCGCCACGCAUUGCCAGAAGUUUCGAGUUCGAUAGACGGCAGUGCAUCGUUUUCUUGGCCCACCCACCGUUUUUCUUUUUUCCGUACUCCGGAACAAAAUUAGGUGAGAAACGGGUUUUGAACCCGUGUCUUUUGCAACCAAAAGCAGAAACAUGAUAUCUCUUCGUCGACGCCAUUGUGGAAAAGAGGAUUC